GCGGAAGUUUGAACUGCGGGCGGUUGGAGUGAGGAAACUUGCUCUUCAACUCUUGGAGGUUGGUCUGUUUGCUUCCCCCUUUUCUGGAAGGACCAGAACCCACGUGACAAACGAGUGGAAUUCUCCCAUCUCAACUGAAAGGCUGAAAAGAUGCAACGAAGGCGGAGUUCUAUGCACUCCAAGCAACCUCUGCAAGUUCACCACAGCAAUCAGACUGAUCUCUCUGCUUGGAGAAAAGGAGGGACAGUUGAUACUGAAGAAAGUGCCCGGAAUCAUCAAUCUCUGAGUGAUCAGAAAAAUGACAACGAGCAAGACUCUCUUGAGCAAGCUCUGAGCUACUUUGAGAAAAUUCAAGAUCGAGUUUCACUGAAAAAGAGUGAAGUUCUGCAGAAACAUUUGUCUACUGUGGAAAGCGUUGCCCUGAAAAGAGGUUUACCCCCUGAAGGAUUUGAUGUACUGCUAGAUGUGGCACUCAGUGGCAAACUUGCUGAUACAGUGAACACUCGUUUACUGAAGAGCCUGAUCCCAGCCUCAGCAAUACCAGAAAGUUCUGUUGUUUCCUCUGUGUCUUGGCUCUGUGUCAGCAAAUGCUCAAGCAACAUCCAGCUGCUCUUCCUAAGAUGGCUGAUCACGAUGUUUGACUUCAUUGAUCACAAGGAACAAGUUCAUGCCCUCUAUGGCAUCUUCUUCUCCUUCCUGAAUAAUGAGAAGUUGUGUCCCUACAUCUGCCACGUGCUCUACCUGCUGACCAGGCAAGAAAACGUCAAGCCUUUUCGGGUCAGGCGACUCCUUGAUCUCCAAUCAAAAAUGGGUAUGCAACCUCAUCUGCAGGCUCUGCUAUCGCUUUAUAAGCUUUUCUGUCCUGAGCUGAUAUCCAUAAGCCUUCCUCAGAAGAUGAAGGCUUAUUUCAAGAAUGCAGACAGCCCAUGGAAAGCAGCAAUCAACGCUGUAAGGCGAAGAAACCAGGCCAAUUCCACUGUGCCCCAACCACUGCUGUUAGGCAUAGCUCAACCUCACUCACGGAAAAGAAAGUGGAAUACCCAGUUGAUUGUACCUGCAAGCAGUGCCAGCGCACAGAAUUCAGCAGUGGGUGGGAAAAGGAGCAGCGUUGAUUCAUUCGGUGCUAACAGAUCUUUUCCAGUGGAGCAGCUGCGGACCUUUCCCCAGCUCCUGCAAAAUAUCCACCGCCUGGAGUUUCCUUCCCAGAUGGGCUCGGUGCUAACGAACCCAUUACUACUUCACUACAUGAACUGCAGCAAAGAUGCCUCUGUUUAUCUGAGGCUCUACUAUUGGAUGGGACAGACUCUUCAGCAAGAGUGCACCUGGUGUGUAGUUGAUAAUAACCAACAUGAAGAAUUCAAAGGCUUCCUGGAAACCGCCUACAAGGCAGAAUGUUUCUUACAAGAGGGAUUUCUUUCCUGUGAGGAGUUCCUAUACAGGAGUCUUCCUCUCUGGGAUGGCGUUUCCUGCCGAUCACAAAUCCUCCAGCUUGUCAGUUGGAUCCCCCUCAGUACCUUCUGUGAAACGAAGUCACAACUCUGCGAUCCCCUGGCACAGCUCUUCUUCACAUCAUCCCUUUACUUCAAGUGCAGCGUUCUGGAGAGUCUGAAAGAGCUGCUGCAGAACUGGUUAAACUGGCACGUGGUGCAGCUGGAUUCAGAGCCUGAUUCCCAACUCAGUUCUUUGAACACCACCCUUUCUGGGCUAGUGAAUGGGGUGGCUGAACUCAUCAACUUCGUGGGACGGAUUUCUGCUGCUGCACUGCACUUGGAGAAGAGUCACACCUUCUUGCUGUACUUCAUCCUGGAUUUCUAUGAGACUGUGUGUGACAUAUAUCUGAAGUACAAACUGCCGUUGCUGAUAAUGCCUCCUGCUGGAGUUUUCUACCCAGCGUUGCUCAGCAUGGAUUCUGUCAACUUAAAUCAGCUCUGCUACAUCAUGUACAGGUACAGAGCCAACUUGAUAGCUGCAAAAGAGAACGAGCUGAGUAAAAAGAAAACACAGCAAUUCAAGUUCAGUAGCCAGACAUAUCAGGAGUAUAACCAGUACAUCACAGCCAUGGUGGGUUGUCUGUGGACAUCCAAUGCGUUCCAGAAGGAUAAUCAUCCUCAGGGCAUUUGUCUGGAUGAUGAAUUGCUGAAGAAAACUGGAGUGCAAGAAUACAAAAACAGCUUCAAUAUUGUCUACCACCCAGCCCUGAUGUGCUAUGCUGUUGACUUCCUGCAGCAGGUCUGGCCAGAUGAUACCACCUUCAACUUCAAUCUAAUUAAGGGGAAGAAGUGGAACUGGUACCUGAGGUAUCUCUAUGGGCAAGGUUUAGAGGGCCUGAAGCUCUUCAUUGAAAGCAGCAUCAAUCGUGUUUCCAAAGCCUCUCAAAGUAAACCAGAGGAUGAGAAAGUGUGACUCUAGGACUUGUUGGAGCCUUUCUGUCAUCUGGAAUAGGGAAACAGACCAUUAGCAGACUGUGUCAGUAAUUCUUGUUUCCUCAGAGGAAAGAAACAGAGCAAUUAUGCUUGCCUGCAUUUUUGUGCUGGCAUCUGUGUUAGGAAAGCAGAAAUAGAGAAGGAACAUCUCGGCUGUUUUGGUUCACCAGCACUGAACCCCCUUAUUUCCUGCUGACCUUCUUUAGCCUGAGGCUGCUGAGCUGCUGUGAUCUGUAACAUCCCUGGUUUUCAUCCUCGCUUUUCUAUGUUGGAAUAUCUGAGGGGGGAAAACAUUUUCCAUCUCAAAGCUGCAUUGAGAAGUGCUGCCUCAUGUAGAAGGCGUGUUGAUACGACCUUCCUCUUCCUUCCCUGACAACUUGCACAGUACUCUGGACAGCUGAUUUAAUGCUGGACUGGAGGGCUGCGUGUUUCCCAGCUCCGUGCUGUGCCAUGUACUUGCUGCCUCAUAACAGGAGAGCCAGGCUGACCCUCCUGAACUUCACUUCUAUGAGUCUUCCAGAAGAGACUGUGAUACCUUUGCUUAUAAUGUAAUGCAGUUGAAGAGCUUUGUGCACCGCUGGUUUACUGGUGACCUUCAACAGCUGAACAGCAUUGCCACUGGCUCACCGUUUCCUACUGAUAAGCUUCCCUUCUUGUGUUUCUAGUUCUAUAAUGUAUAUUUAAAUCUGUGUGUGUAUAAUGUAUAUUCUGUAAAAAUACUUCAA